AUGUCAGACGCUUCAUACUUGCAAAUGUUACAUGAUGAUGUGGUACCUGCAAUCAGGCGUAUAGAAACUGAAGUUGGUACUACAGUUCGGUUCCAACAUGACGGUGCACCACCACACAAUGCUUUGUUGGUGAGAAGUUUCCUCGACACGGAAUUCUAUGGCGUUAACGCAAUCAUCGCGAAAUUUCAUGUUCAUGAUUUCUACAGUGUCGCUAUUUUUGUCGCGGUAAGCAGCUUCGGGGUUUAUGUUUCGGUGUCCAAUGAGAACAUUCUGGACGCACAAAAGGCGUUUGUUUCCCUCUCAUUGUUCAACAUCCUGCGUUUCCCAUUGUUCAUGUUUCCGAUGAUAGCUAGCACUUUGGUUCAAGCAUACAUUGGUUCAAAAAUUGAUCAAAUCGCGUUACUGGUUCCGAUCAAAGAUAUGGCCUAUCCGCCUUACGCGUUCCGCGCUAGCCAAGCUCAUAUUGGAGAAGUAACUAGCACGAAACCCUGCGAGAAAUUGUAG